CUCCGAGCUCAGACAUCAGGUGCCGCUCUAGCCUUAAUUUUUCUCGUUGGUAAGUCCGGAAAGGGAUAUGAUCGAACUUCCUGUUUCCGCUUUCUCUUCUCUGUGCGGUAGCCAAGAUGGUUAACGUUCCGAAAACUCGUCGGACCUACUGCAAAAAAUGUGGGCGCCAUCAGCCUCACAAGGUGACUCAGUACAAGAAGGGAAAGGAUUCCCUGUAUGCCCAAGGAAAGAGGAGAUAUGACCGUAAGCAGAGUGGUUAUGGUGGACAAACUAAACCAAUCUUCAGGAAGAAGGCCAAGACCACAAAGAAGAUUGUGCUGAGGCUGGAGUGUGUUGACUCGAACUGCAGGUCCAAGAGAAUGUUGGCGAUAAAGAGGUGUAAACACUUUGAACUUGGAGGCGAUAAAAAGAGAAAGGGACAAGUUAUCCAGUUCUAAGAUGCUACAGCCAUGGUGGAUUCAAGCUAAUAAAACAUUGGGCACGCAAAUAA